AGACUAUUAUGGAACCAACUACAAUUGCAGAAGAACUUAUCAACAGCUCUAACGACGUCGAGAUGGGCGAUGAAGAAGACGAAUUUGAAAUCAGCUGAUACGGCCAAACCAACGAAGAGGAUGACAAAUUCGAUGAAUUCGUAGGUGCCCUUCAAGAGAUUGUGAUAAAUGAAGAAUUUGAGACAAUUCAAAAUACCUUCUUUGGUAAAUAACUGAAUUCACUUCGAAAACACCGAGGAAAACAAAUUGAUAUACAUGGACAUCUUCAAGAAAUACAAAGAGGUCAUUGAGAAUUACAUAGAGGAAAUGCUAAAAGAAAUGAUCGCUGAUUUCAAUAUGGAAGAUUAUGCAGCCUUGCUUCCUGAAAGAAAGGAAGAAAUCGAUGAUCAACUCCUUGAAUUAAUAACCUCCUUCACUGAUUUCACUAUUUUCAAAGAACUCAUGAUCUCUUUUAGAAAAAUGGUGAUUGCAACAACUCCAAAACACAAAUCAGCCAAAGUUGCCGAGUUAGAAAAGGAGAUGCUGGAAAAGCAGAAUAUAGAGGUCCCUGAGGGGUUCGAACUACUCCAUGUUAGUGGAAGUAAGACCAAAAUUUAUGAUGAUUAAUUACCUAAACCUCCUUC